AUCAUACCAACUUCACGCAAACUUCUUAUUUACUAUUGUAUUAAUUUAUAUACAAAAAAGAGGCAAAAUUUAAAGCAAAAUAAGCUACCAAUAAAAUAAAAUUUAAUAUUAUUUAAUUAUAAAAUAGUAAACAUAAACAAAUUCCGCGGCAAAUGAGUAGCUUUGGUUGAAAACUGAUAUUAUUGGAUGGUGUGCGAUUUUAUUGUUUUAGCUAUCAUGGAUAAAAGUAAAAGAGAAAGGAGUGCAAAUUUUAGUAUAGAAGAGAGAGACCUUUUGUUAUCACUUCUUAGGCCAUAUCAAUCAAUCUUGGAGAGCAAAGAAAGUAGUGCUGCUAUGUGGAGAAAGAAAAAAGCCGCUUGGAUAAACAUACAAAACGCGUUUAAUGCUCGAUCUAGGGAAAUGUUCAGAUCCAUAAAAACAUUGAGAUUAAAAUAUGAGGGCCUGAAACGUAUGGUCAGAAUAAAGUCGAGUAUGAGAUCAAGGCCUCGUACCGAAGAUGAUAAAAAUACCGUAACUUUAGAUAAUGUGAAGGAAGAAUUAAAAGAUACAAUUCAUUCAAGCAUUGAACUACCUUCAAGCAAUGAAGGUUUUGAAAGCACAACCUACUCCGAUGACUCUGAUGCAUUACCACAAUGUCAACAACUUCCAGUGGAUUUACAGAAGAAAACUGAAUUAGAUGAGCUAACUCAAGCCAGAUUGGAACUUAUUCAACUCAAAAGAAAAAUUUUAGAAGCAGAAUUUAAUGAAAAAAAAAGAGUGUGGCAAUUUGAACAAAAUGAACGGUUAAAGGAAGCUGAGUUUAGAGAAAAGGAACGUAAAUGGAAGGAAGAAGAAUAUACCUCAAAAAUAAAAUUAGAUAAGCUAAGAAGAGAAUUAAGUCAAUAAAACUACUGAAUGUUA